CCACUAAAUUUAUUUGUCCAUACAAACAACUUCUGAUUACUACUACUACUACUACUUUGUAAUAAGCAUAGACACAGAGUAAGAUAGUGAUCAGAAACAAAAUGGCCACCUCAUUACAAGCAGCUGCUACUCUGAUGCAACCAACCAAGAUUGGUGUCUCAGCCAGAAAUAGCCUACAGUUGAGAUCUGUUCAAAGCCUCGGCAAGGCCUUCGGUGUUGAACCGGCUGGAUCGAGGGUCACCUGCUCUCUUCAAGCUGAUCUAAAGGACUUUGCUCAAAAGUGCACUGAUGCUGCCAAGAUUGCUGGUUUUGCUCUAGCGACUUCUGCACUCGUUGUCUCGGGAGCAAAUGCUGAAGGAGCUCCAAAACGGCUGACCUACGAUGAAAUUCAAAGCAAGACAUACCUAGAAGUGAAGGGAACUGGGACUGCUAACCAGUGCCCAACAAUUGAUGGUGGUGUUGACAGCUUUGCCUUCAAGCCAGGCAAAUACAAUACCAAGAAGUUAUGCCUGGAACCCACUUCAUUUACUGUGAAGGCAGAGGGUGUGAACAAGAACGCACCCCCUGAAUUCCAGAAUACAAAGCUCAUGACCCGUUUAACCUACACCCUUGACGAGAUUGAGGGACCCUUUGAGGUAUCUCCGGAUGGCACUGUCAAGUUUGAGGAGAAGGAUGGAAUUGACUAUGCUGCCGUUACAGUGCAGCUUCCUGGUGGUGAGCGUGUGCCCUUCCUCUUCACCAUCAAACAACUUGUAGCAUCUGGCAAACCAGAUAGCUUCAGUGGAGAGUUCCUUGUGCCAUCAUACAGGGGUUCAUCCUUCCUCGACCCAAAGGGAAGGGGUGGAUCUACAGGUUAUGACAAUGCAGUUGCAUUGCCAGCUGGUGGAAGAGGAGAUGAGGAGGAGCUUGAGAAAGAGAACAUAAAGAAUGUUUCAUCUUCAAAAGGAAAGAUCACCUUGAGUGUUACCAAAAGCAAGCCCGAGACAGGGGAGGUGAUUGGUGUAUUUGAAAGUAUUCAGCCAUCUGAUACUGAUUUGGGGUCAAAAGCCCCCAAGGAAGUGAAAAUUCAAGGAGUCUGGUAUGCCCAGCUUGACUAAUAGCGUUCUAGCAUCAAUGUACUAAUACUUGCUUCGAAUUUUUUUGUAAUUGAACGGUUCAUAGAACUGCGCAUUGCGAAAUUGGAGAAGCAUCAGACUAUUAUCUUGCUUGUAUAUUAUUCUGGUUUUUUGUGAUCAUUCUGUGAAAUGAUUAAUCAACGAAAGCUUCAGAAAAGUUUUCUUCA